UCUCCUGCGGAGCGUAAAGCAAAACGAAACGGUGGCAUCGUUCCAGGCGCUGUCCAGUGAAAGUGAACCAACGUCUGUCGUGUCGCUGCUGUGUGCUGCUGUCCAAACGCGAGGCAGCCGGGCAGCGAACCUAUCCAACCUGCUCCGUAAAGGACGUGGAACCAAAAUCUGCCAAAAUAGAGCCGUAGUAGUGCAUCAACAUGGCUGAAGCAGAGGGAGGAUCCGAGCAGGAUGAUGUUUCAUUCCUGCGCACGGAAGAUAUGGUCUGCCUGUCCUGCACGGCAACCGGUGAACGCGUGUGUCUGGCCGCCGAAGGGUUCGGCAACCGGCACUGCUUCCUGGAGAACAUCGCAGACAAGAACAUCCCGCCGGACCUAUCGCAGUGCGUGUUCGUAAUCGAGCAGGCGCUCUCGGUGCGUGCGCUGCAGGAGUUGGUCACCGCCGCCGGUUCGGAAACCGGAAACGAUUCGGUAGGCAAGGGUACCGGAUCCGGCCAUCGUACGUUGCUUUACGGCAAUGCUAUCCUGUUGCGUCACAACAACAGUGACAUGUACCUUGCCUGUCUUUCAACGUCGUCCUCCAACGACAAGCUGUCGUUCGAUGUCGGUCUGCAGGAGCACAGCCAAGGUGAGGCCUGCUGGUGGACCGUACAUCCGGCCAGCAAGCAGCGUUCGGAAGGUGAGAAGGUCCGUGUUGGUGACGAUUUGAUCCUGGUGUCCGUCGCUACCGAACGUUACCUGCACACCACCAAAGAAAACGAUCUGUCGAUCGUGAACGCAAGCUUCCACGUGACGCACUGGAGUGUACAACCGUACGGAACUGGCAUUUCGCGCAUGAAGUAUGUCGGUUACGUUUUCGGUGGCGAUGUACUUCGGUUCUUCCAUGGCGGUGACGAAUGUCUAACGAUACCGAGUACCUGGAACUUAGAUCCGGGUCAGAACAUUGUCGUAUAUGAGGGUGGUUCUGUAAUGUCACAGGCCCGCUCGCUAUGGCGACUCGAGCUGGCCCGUACCAAGUGGGCCGGUGGUUUCAUCAAUUGGUCCCAUCCGAUGCGUAUCCGGCAUCUGACCACCGGCCGGUACCUUGGUGUGAACGAAAACAACGAACUGAUUCUGAUGAGCCGGGAUCAGGCCACCACCUCGCAAACCGCAUUCGUGCUGCGUCUAGAGAAGGACGAUCAGAAGGUAGUGCUGGAGGACAAGGAUUUGGAAAUUAUCGGCGCACCGAUCAUCAAGUACGGUGACUCGACUGUCAUCAUGCAGCACUACGAAUCGGGCCUAUGGGUCAGCUACAAGAGCUACGAAACGAAGAAGAAGGGCGUCGGCAAGGUGGAGGAGAAGCAAGCGAUCCUGCACGAGGAGGGCAAGAUGGACGAUGGGUUGGACUUUUCGCGCUCGCAGGAAGAGGAAUCGCGUACCGCUCGUGUCAUCCGCAAGUGUAGUAGUUUGUUCACCAAGUUUAUUAGUGGCCUUGAAACGCUGCAAGAGAAUCGCCGUCACUCGAUUUUCCUGCAAACAGUCAACCUGGGUGAGAUGGUAAUGUGCCUGGAAGAUUUGAUCAACUACUUCGCCCAACCGGAGGACGACAUGGAGCAUGAGGAGAAGCAGAACCGACUGCGUGCGUUGCGCAAUCGGCAGGAUCUGUUCCAGGAAGAGGGUGUGCUCAAUCUGAUCCUUGAAGCGAUCGACAAAAUCAACGUCAUCUCGUCGCAGGGCUUUUUGGCGUCGUUCUUGGCCAGUGACGAGAGUGGUCAGAGCUGGGACAUGAUCUCCGGUUAUCUCUAUCAGCUGUUGGCGGCCAUUAUCAAGGGCAACCAUACCAACUGUGCUCAGUUUGCCAACUCUAACCGACUGAAUUGGUUGUUUUCGCGACUUGGUUCGCAAGCUUCCAGUGAGGGUUCCGGCAUGUUGGAUGUAUUGCAUUGCGUUCUGAUCGAUUCGCCCGAGGCGUUGAACAUGAUGCGCGACGAGCAUAUCAAAGUGAUCAUUUCGCUGCUGGAGAAGCAUGGACGCGAUCCGAAGGUUUUGGACGUCCUGUGCUCACUGUGCGUCGGUAAUGGUGUUGCAGUGCGCUCGUCGCAAAACAACAUUUGUGACUUUCUGCUGCCGGGAAAGAAUCUGCUUCUGCAGACCGGGUUGGUCGAUCAUGUCGCGAGUAUUCGUCCGAACAUUUUUGUUGGACGCGUGGAAGGAUCCGCUAUCUACCAGAAGUGGUACUUUGAGGUCACGAUGGAUCACAUCGAGCAGAUGACGCACAUGACGCCACAUCUUCGCAUCGGUUGGGCCAACACGGCUGGUUACGUACCGUACCCGGGCGGUGGUGAAAAGUGGGGCGGUAACGGUGUCGGUGACGAUCUGUUCUCGUACGGUUUUGACGGUGUGUACUUCUGGUCCGCUGGACGACGCACCUGCGUAGUACCACGGGAGGUGUCGGAACCGUUCAUCAAGAAGGGCGAUGUUAUCGGAUGUACGCUUGACCUGAGCGUACCCGUGAUUCGGUUCACGUUUAACGGCGAACCGGUGCAGGGUUGCUUCACCGACUUCAACCUGGACGGUAUGUUCUUCCCCGUCAUGAGCUGCUCAUCCAAGCUGAGCUGUCGCUUCCUGUUCGGUGGCGAUAAUGGACGGCUCAAGUUUAACCCUCCACCCGGCUUCUCGCCGCUCGUGCAGUGCCUUAUGCCACACCAAAACCUUAGCCUGGAUCCGUGCUUUUACUUCGGCAAUCUGAACAAGAACGUGCUGGCCGGUCCGUGGAUGGUGGAAGACGAUUCCGCCUUCGUGCCGAAGCCGGUCGAUACGUCCACCGUCACGCUACCCUCGUCGGUGGAAACCAUCAGGGACAAGUUGGCCGAAAACAUUCACGAAAUGUGGGCCCUCAACAAGAUCGAGUCCGGCUGGACGUGGGGCGAACGCCGGGACGAUGUGUACCGCAUCCAUCCCUGCCUGACAUCGUUCGAGAAGCUUCCCGCCGCGGAGAAGCGUUACGAUUGUCAGCUGGCUGUCCAAACGCUCAAGACGAUCCUGGCGCUCGGAUACUACAUCUCGAUGGACAAACCACCGGCACGCAUACGUCCGAUUCGUCUGCCGAACGAUCCGUAUAUGCAGGGUAACGGUUACAAGCCGGCACCGCUCGAUCUGAGUGCCGCUGUGCUUACGCCCAAGAUGGAGGAACUGGUCGAUCAGUUGGCCGAAAACACACACAAUCUGUGGGCGAAGGAACGUAUCCAGCAGGGUUGGACGUACGGGUUGAACGAGGAUUCGGAGAAUCUGCGCAGUCCACAUCUGGUACCGUACUCGAAGGUGGAUGAAGCGAUCAAGAAGGCGAACCGUGAUACCGCCUCCGAAACCGUGCGCACUCUACUCAUCUACGGUUACAAUCUGGACCCACCGACUGGGGAGGCGAACGAAGCGUUGGCUGCCGAAGCUUUACGACAGAAGUUUGCCGCCUACCGGACGUACCGUGUGGAGCGUACGUAUGCGGUAACUUCGGGCAAGUGGUACUUUGAGUUUGAAGUGCUCACUGCAGGACCAAUGAGGGUUGGUUGGGCAAGAGCUGACUGCAACCCCGGUACGAUGUUGGGCAGUGACGAUGCUUCCUGGGCAUUCGAUGGAUAUAACGAAGAGAAAGUGUCCGGAGGUGCAACGGAGUCGUUCGGCAAACAGUGGGUACCAGGCGAUAUUGUCGGUGUAUUUCUUGACUUAGUGGAUCAUACGAUCAGUUUCUCGUUGAACGGUGAGCUGCUGAUGGAUGCGCUCGGUGGCGAGACCACGUUUGCGGAUGUCAAUGCACCGGAUGGUGUUGGAUUUGUACCAGCCUGUACCAUUGGUAUCGGUCAGAAGGCGCGCGUUGUCUAUGGUCAGGAUGUGGACUCGCUGAAGUGGUUCACCACCUGUGGUUUGCAGGAAGGCUAUGAACCAUUCUGUGUCAAUAUGAAACGUCCUGUCACACACUGGUACACGAAGGAUCAGCCGAUCUUUGAGAAUACGGAUGAGAUUCCGGAGUGCAAGAUCGAUGUGACGCGUAUACCUGGAGGUGCAGAUACACCACCGUGCAUGAAGAUCUCGCACAAUACGUUCGAAACGAUGGAGAAGGCAAACUGGGAGUUUUUGCGUCUAUCGCUGCCCGUAACGUGCGCCAAUACCUUCAUUAGUGAGCAGGAAAAAAUGCGCCGCUGGGAAGAAAUUCGCAUUCGCCAGCAUCGUCUAAUGACGGAGGUGGACCAUUCGCAACCGGCCCAUUUCGAUCAUAUCAUGCGCAGUGGCUUCACCAUGAAUGAUAUCAAGGGUCUGCAUCGGAACUAUUCGGAAGAUGCAGCCGAAGCAGACGAGAUGAUGCGCAACGGUCCGAGACGUCCAUCGAGACAUCAGGCCCGCGGUGGCCUCAGCCCACCGGGCAUCGAAAUCAACGGUGAGGCGACGAGUGACGGUGAGCUGAAUGCUUAUUCUGACAACGAGCUGGAGGGAGGGGACGAGCGCAAGAAGCGUGGCCGCAGUCCAUUCCGUCUGUUCGGAAAGAAGCGUGAUCAGAGCAAGGACAAGCUGAAGGAUCGCCGCACGCCGGAACCGGAACCUCGCAAGAGCAAUCUGAAGGUUACCCAGCGUGGUCAGGCUACGCGCCUGUCGAACAGUGAUCUGCGCGCCCAGCCACCGAUGGUCCCAGAACGCAAGGGCAUGGGAAGUCCGCAGGUGGAAUCGUUCGGCAAUGAGGUGUACGAUGCGGAUUGCUUGCGCCUGAUCAACGAGUACUUCUACGGGGUGCGUAUUUUCCCCGGUCAGGAUCCGACGCACGUGUACGUUGGCUGGGUGACGACCCAGUACCAUGUGCACAGUAAGGAGUUUAGCCAGAACAAGGUGCGCCACGCUGCGAUCUACGUGGAGGACGAGAAUGAGAAAACUAUCGAAAUUGUUAACCGUCAGUCAUGCUACAUGGUGCGUGCUGAUGAGCUGUUCAACGAAGUUACGCAAGAUUCUUCCGGCAAGGGUGCUUCGCAGGGAAUGUUUGUGGGAUGUUUCGUCGAUACCGCUACCGGUACGAUCCGGUUUACCUGCGAGGGCAAGGAAACUUCUCACGUGUUCCUGAUGGAACCGGACACCAAGCUCUUCCCGGCCAUCUUCGUCGAAGCGACGAGCAAGGAGAUCCUUCAGAUCGAGCUUGGCCGCACCCCGACAACAUUGCCACUGUCAGCGGCCGUACUGCCUACCAGCGACAAGCAUAUCAACCCCCAGUUCCCACCGAGACUGAAGGUCCAGUGUCUGAAGCCUCACCAGUGGGCUCGCGUACCCAACACAGCCCUACAGGUGCACGCCCUAAAGCUGUCGGACAUCCGCGGUUGGUCAAUGCUGUGCGAGGAUCCAGUCUCGAUGCUGGCACUGCACAUCCCCGAGGAGGAUCGUUGCAUCGAUAUCCUGGAGCUGAUCGAAAUCGAUCGUCUGCUGCAGUUCCAUGCGCACACACUCACGCUCUAUUCGGCACUUUGCUAUCAAUCGAACUACCGUGCGGCACAUGCACUUUGCUCGCAUGUCGAUCAGAAGCAGUUGCUGUACGCAAUUCAAUCGGAGUAUAUGAGUGGUCCCCUGCGCCUCGGAUUCUACGACCUGCUCAUUUCACUGCAUUUGGAGUCGCAUGCCACCACAAUGGAGGUUUGCAAGAAUGAGUACAUCAUUCCGCUCGGCUCGGACCUGCGUGAACUGUACAACGAUCCAGAAAUGUGUCACUCACUGCGUUCGUUGCAAACGCUUUCCGUGAGACCGGAAAUGAACAUGACCGAAAUAGCACCCACACCCUCACAAUCGAAUAUGCCGACAAUAGUAGCACCAGAUUCUUCCAGUGAACCCAUACCGGCAAUUGACUCGUUAUAUUCGCCAAGAUUCCCACUGGAAGUGGUGAGGGAGUUUGUGAUGAGCGCACUGCAGGAAGCGGUAAUGAUCAAUCAGGUACACAACCGUGAUCCGAUCGGUGGAUCCAACGAGAAUCUCUUCCUGCCUCUGAUCAAGCUGAUCGAUCGUUUGCUGUUGGUCGGCGUGAUUACGAACGAAGAUGUAGAGAAGCUGCUGAUCAUGAUUGAUCCCGAAACGUGGGAUCCAUCGUUCGAAAAGGAAGGAAAGGAUGAACAUCGCAAGGGAUUGUUGACGAUGAAGAUGGCCGAAGGUGCCAAACUUCAAAUGUGCUACCUUUUGCACCAUCUGUACGAUGUGCAGUUGCGUCAUCGCGUCGAAAGCAUUAUUGCGUUUGCUCACAACUAUGUUGGCGACCUUCAGCAGGAUCAGUUGCGCAGAUACAUCGAGAUCAAGCAGUCUGAUUUGCCCAGUGCCGUCGCCGCAAAGAAGACUCGUGAGUUCCGUUGUCCACCUCGCGAACAGAUGAACGCCAUUCUUGGCUACAAGAAUCUCGAGGAAGACGAUCUGGAGAAUGCUUCCUGCGGUCCGGAUCUGCGCAACCGCUUGAUCGAGUUUCACGAGAAGCUUAUGGGCAAGGUGUCACUCAAUGCGCUGCAAGAGCCAGAAGAACCAGAGGCGGACAAGCUGGAAGAGGGAAGACCUGGUGCGCUGAAGAAGCUGUACAACUUCAUCAACGCCGUUAAGGAACUGGAAGAAGAUCCCAAAGAGCCGGUGGAAGAGGAGAAGAAAACGCCCGAAGAGGUGUUCCGAAAGGUGCUCAUUAAACAGAUCGUAUCCUGGGCCGAGGAGUCUCAGAUCGAGAAUCCUAAGCUUGUGCGCGAAAUGUUCGGACUGCUUGUACGCCAGUACGAUACGAUCGGUGAGCUAAUCAAGGCACUCAACAAGACCUACGUGAUUAAUUCCAAAACGAAGGGUGAUGUGGCAAACAUGUGGGUUGGCUUGAGUCAAAUUCGUGCCCUGCUUCCUGUACAGAUGAGCCAGGAGGAAGAGGAAUUGAUGCGCAAGCGGCUGUGGAAGCUUGUCAACAAUCACACCUUCUUCCAGCACCCGGAUUUGAUACGCAUUCUGCGUGUGCACGAAAACGUCAUGGCGGUCAUGAUGAACACGCUUGGACGACGCGCUCAGGCACAGAGCGAUGCCCCGGUACAGACGGCCGAAGGUGAAGAGUCUGCACCAAAGGAGAAGGAUACCUCCCAUCAAAUGGUGGUCGCUUGUUGUCGCUUCCUGUGUUACUUCUGCCGAACGGGUCGCCAAAACCAGAAGGCUAUGUUCGAUCAUUUCGAUUUCUUGCUGGAAAAUUCCAACAUUCUCCUAUCUCGACCAAGUCUGCGCGGUUCCACACCUCUGGAUGUGGCCUACUCCAGCUUGAUGGAAAACACGGAGCUUGCGUUGGCUCUGCGUGAACACUAUCUGGAGAAAAUUGCCAUUUAUCUGUCCCGUUGCGGACUGCAGAGCAACUCGGAGCUGAUCGAGCGAGGCUACCCCGAUCUCGGCUGGGAUCCGGUGGAAGGUGAACGUUAUCUUGAUUUCUUGCGCUUCUGCGUUUGGGUCAAUGGAGAAAGCGUGGAGGAAAAUGCUAACCUCGUUAUUCGUUUGCUUAUCCGUCGUCCCGAGUGUCUCGGUCCGGCAUUGCGUGGCGAAGGUGAAGGUCUGCUCAAGGCCAUCAUUGACGCGAACAAAAUGUCCGAACGUAUUACGGAGCGUAGAAAGAUGCAGGAUGAAGCAGAAGGUACGAUUGCAGGGCUAAACUUUGCCCAUCCUCUACCCGAGGGCGAUGAUGAUGAGGAUUACAUCGACACCGGGGCUGCCAUCUUGUGCUUCUACUGUACGCUGGUCGAUCUGUUGGGACGCUGUGCGCCCGAUGCUGCCGUCAUCGAACAGGGCAAAAACGAGUCGCUGCGUGCACGAGCCAUUUUGCGUUCGCUCGUACCACUGGAAGAUCUGCAGGGUGUGCUUAGCUUGAAGUUCACACUCACCAACCCAGCGCUCGGUGAAGAUAGGCCCAAGUCCGACAUGCCAUCUGGGCUUGUGCCCGGACACAAGCAGAGCAUUGUACUGUUCUUGGAGCGUGUUUAUGGAAUUGAAACACAGGAGCUGUUCUAUCGUUUGUUGGAGGACGCUUUCCUGCCCGAUUUGCGCGCCGCCACCAUGCUGGAUCGUAGUGAUGGUUCCGAAAGUGAUAUGGCUCUUUCGAUGAACCGUUACAUUGGAAAUUCGAUCCUACCGUUGCUGAUUAAGCACUCCAAGUUCUACAAUGAGGCUGAAAACUAUGCCAGCUUGCUGGAUGCUACGCUGCACACGGUAUACCGUAUGUCCAAGAACCGCAUGCUUACCAAGGGACAGCGUGAAGCUGUUUCCGAUUUCCUGGUCGCACUUACGUCGGCAAUGCAUCCAGCUAUGUUGCUGAAGCUUCUGCGCAAGCUUACCAUUGACGUGUCGAAACUGUCCGAAUACACGACCGUUGCUCUCCGGCUGCUAACUCUGCACUACGACCGUUGUGCCAAGUACUACGGUACUACUGGCAGUGGUCAAGCAUCACAGUUCGGAGCAUCUUCGGACGAAGAGAAGCGACUGACGAUGUUGUUGUUCUCGAACAUCUUCGAUUCACUCAGCAACAUGGACUACGAUCCGGAGCUGUUCGGUAAAGCUCUGCCUUGUCUGAUUGCUAUUGGUUGUGCCCUGCCGCCGGACUACAGUCUGUCGAAGAACUCGGACGACGAUCUGUACGGUAAGCCAACGGGCGGCGGUCCCGAUCAGCCCCACUACAACCCGCAGCCAAUCGAUACGACUGCGGUACAGCUUACCAACGAUCUGAACCAGAUCGUGCAGAAGUUCAGUGAGCACUAUCAUGAUGCGUGGGCUAGCCGUAAGUUGGAGAAUGGAUGGACUUAUGGUGAUCAGUGGUCAGAUGCUAACAAAACUCAUCCACGUCUGAAGCCGUACAACACCCUUAGCGAAUAUGAACGAGAGCGCUAUCGCGAACCAGUACGAGAAAGCUUGAAGGCACUGCUAGCGUUGCACUGGAGAAUCGAACAUUCGGAGGGAGACGUGCCACUGUCGAACCGUGGCUCGAUGCGUCGCCAAUCGAAGCCCAAUCUUGAAUUGCAGGGGGAUACUGGUUCACCGUUCAACUACAACCCGCAUCCGGUGGACAUGACUAACCUGACGCUGAGCAGAGAAAUGCAAAACAUGGCCGAAAGGUUGGCAGAGAAUUCGCACGAUAUCUGGGCGAAGAAGAAGAACGAAGAGCUUAACCAGUGCGGUGGAGCUAUACAUGCUCAGCUGGUGCCGUACGAUCUGCUCACGGACAAGGAGAAGCGCAAGGAUCGUGAGCGUUCGCAGGAAUUCCUCAAGUACCUACAGUACCAGGGACUCAAGCUACACAAGCCAUCGCGUGGACAGACAGAGGAACCAGGCAUGAGUACUGCUGCCAUCGAGCUACGCUUUGCCUACUCGCUGUUGGAGAAGUUGAUCUCCUACAGUGAUCGUGCUACGAUCAACAUGAAGCUGCUGAAGCCAUCAUCCACGUUCAGUCGUCGCUCGUCUUUCAAGACCUGCUCGCGUGAUAUCAAAUUCUUCUCCAAGGUGGUACUGCCACUGAUGGAGAAAUACUUCUCCACCAAUCGUAACUACUUCAUUGCGAUUGCUACCGCCACGAACAACGUCGGAGCGGCUUCGCUGAAGGAGAAGGAAAUGGUGGCCGCUCUGUUCUGUAAGCUGGCCAGUUUGCUACGCUACCGAUUAGCGGCGUUUGGUGCUGAUGUUCGCAUCACCGUACGCUGUCUGCAGGUGCUGGUGAAGAGCAUCGACGCCAAAUCACUGGUAAAGAACUGUCCCGAGUUCAUUCGUACCUCGAUGUUGACGUUCUUCAACAACACUGCUGAUGAUUUGGGACAGACGAUCGUCAACCUUACCGAAGGCAAAUACGAUCGACUGCGUGGAACGCAUCUGAAGACUUCCACUUCGCUGGCGUACGUGAAUCAGGUGAUCUUGCCAGUGCUGACGUCACUGUUUGAUCAUUUGGCCGCUUGCGACUAUGGAAGUGAUUUGUUGUUGGACGAAAUUCAAGUGGCAUCGUACAAGAUCCUAUCGGCACUGUACACUCUCGGUACCGAUAUGUCAUUGACACGGGAUCGUAAAUAUCUCAAGACCGAGCUGGAACGUCAUAAGCCAGCGCUUGGAUCUUGUUUGGGCGCAUUCAGUUCCUGCUUCCCGGUCGCUUUCCUCGAGCCGCACGCCAACAAGCACAAUCCUUUCUCGCUGCUGAACCGCAUUGCCGAUACCUCGCUGGAAGCGCAAGAUAUUAUGAGCAAAAUGGAGAGCUGUAUGCCAACGCUUGAGUCGAUCCUAUCGGAGGUCGAUCAGUUCGUCGAGUCGGAAAAGUCAUACCAGGAGGCACAGCAUAUAAUAGACGUUAUUCUACCAUUGCUCUGCUCGUACUUGCCGUUCUGGUGGAACCAAGGUCCAGAUAACGUUAGUCCACAGUCGGGCAAUCACGUCACGAUGGUAACGGCCGACCAUAUGAACCAUCUGUUGAAAAACGUGCUCAAGAUGAUCCGUAAAAAUAUUGCCAACGAAAAUGCGCCCUGGAUGACGCGCAUCGCCACGUACACGCAGCAGAUCAUCAUUAACAGCUCGGAGGAGCUGCUCAAGGAUGUCUUCCUACCGUUGGCCGAACGGGUCAAGAAACGUUGCGACAGCAUGUUCCACAAGGAGGAAAGCUUGCGUGGUUUCCUCAAGUCUUCCACCGAUGAUACCUCCCAGAUUGAAGCACAAAUCCAGGAGGACUGGCAACUGCUGGUCCGCGAUAUCUACUCGUUCUAUCCGCUGCUGAUCAAGUAUGUCGAUCUGCAGCGUAACCAUUGGCUGAAGGACAACGUGUCCGAGGCGGAAGAGCUAUACAACUACGUGGCGGAGAUAUUUAACGUCUGGUCCAAGAGUCAGUACUUCCUGAAGGAAGAGCAAAACUUCAUCUCGGCCAACGAGAUCGACAAUAUGGCACUGAUCAUGCCUACCGCUACUCGCCGUUCGGCCGCCGUUUCGGGUGACAUGCCGGCGUCCGGUGGAAAGGUGAAGAAGAAGAAGCGUAGCCGUGACAAGAAGCGCGACAAGGAUAAGGAAAUUCAGUCCAGCUUGAUGGUGGCCUGUCUGAAGCGUUUGCUUCCGGUUGGUUUGAAUCUGUUCGCCGGUAAGGAACAGGAGCUGGUACAGCAUUGCAAGGAUCGUUAUCUUAAGAAAAUGCCCGAGUACGAGGUGAUCGAGUUUGCCCGUACGCAGCUAACGCUGCCCGACAAACUUGACCCGGCCGACGAAAUGUCCUGGCAGCACUACCUGUACUCGAAGCUUGGCAAGAAGGAACAGAUCGUGCAGGAUGCUUUGGAGAAAACGGACAAGAAGCCCGAAAACAAAAUCGAGGACACGGUCGAGCGCAUCGUCGCCAUGGCAAAGGUUCUUUAUGGACUGCAUAUGAUCGACCAUCCACAACAACAAAGCAAAAAUGUUUACAGAAGUUGCGUCUCGAUACAGAGAAAACGAGCGGUUAUUGCCUGUUUCAGACAAGUUUCCUUACAUUCACUGCCAAGACAUCGUGCUUGCAACAUUUUUGCUCGGAGUUACUCGGAAUUAUGGCUAGAGGAUGAAAAUGUCGGCCAGGAGGUCAUGAUAGAGGAUCUCACUCAAACGUUCGAGGAUGCAGAAAAGAAGAAGAAGGACGAAGAAGAAGAAGAGGGUAAACCGGAUCCACUGACACAGCUCGUGACAACGUUCUGUCGUGGUGCCAUGACGGAACGCAGUGGUGCCCUACAGGAAGAUCCACUAUACAUGUCCUAUGCUAGCAUUGUUGCCCGGUCCUGCGGUGAAGAGGAAGAGGAGGGUGGCGACGAAGAGGAAGGAGCCGGUGAGGAUGAAGGAGGUGCUAGUAUUCAUGAACAAGAAAUGGAAAAGCAGAAGCUGCUGUUCCACCAGGCACGUCUGGCCAACCGUGGCGUUGCCGAGAUGGUGCUGCUACACAUUUCCGCAUCCAAGGGUGUCCCGUCGGAGAUGGUGAUGCGUACGCUGGAGCUUGGCAUUGCGGUGCUGCGAGGUGGUAACAUCGACAUCCAGAUGGGAAUGUUAAACCACUUGAAGGAGAAGAAGGAUGUCGGAUUCUUCACCUCCAUUGCUGGGCUGAUGAAUUCCUGCAGUGUGCUAGAUUUGGAUGCGUUCGAGCGUAAUACGAAGGCGGAGGGUCUUGGCGUUGGUUCGGAGGGUGCCGCCGGUGAGAAGAACAUGCACGAUGCCGAAUUUACCUGUGCACUGUUCCGCUUCAUUCAACUGACCUGCGAGGGUCACAAUCUCGACUGGCAGAACUAUCUCCGUACGCAGGCCGGUAACACGACCACUGUAAACGUUGUCAUCUGUACCGUCGAUUAUCUGCUGCGACUGCAGGAAUCGAUUAUGGACUUCUACUGGCACUACUCGAGCAAGGAGCUGAUCGAUCCGGCCGGUAAGGCUAACUUCUUCAAGGCGAUCGGUGUUGCAAGCCAGGUGUUCAACACGCUCACUGAAGUUAUUCAGGGUCCCUGUACACAGAAUCAGCAGGCACUGGCACACUCCCGUCUGUGGGAUGCUGUCGGAGGUUUCCUGUUUUUGUUCUCGCACAUGCAGGAUAAGCUGUCGAAACACUCUAGCCAGGUGGAUCUGCUGAAGGAAUUGCUCAAUCUGCAGAAGGACAUGAUCACCAUGAUGCUUUCCAUGCUUGAGGGUAACGUUGUGAACGGUACCAUCGGUAAGCAGAUGGUGGACACACUGGUCGAGUCCGCAUCGAACGUCGAACUGAUUCUGAAGUACUUCGACAUGUUCCUGAAGCUGAAGGAUCUGACAUCAACGCCAAGCUUCAUGGAGAUUGACAGUAACGGUGAUGGGUGGAUCCUGCCGAAGGACUUCCGCGAGAAGAUGGAGCAACAGAAGAGUUACACACCGGAAGAGAUUGACUUCCUGCUCGCUUGUUGCGAAACGAAUCACGACGGUAAGAUCGACUACAUCGGAUUCGUCGAUCGGUUCCACGAACCAGCCAAGGAGAUCGGUUUCAAUUUGGCUGUCCUGCUGACGAAUCUGUCCGAGCACAUGCCCAAUGAACCGCGUCUGGCACGGUUCCUCGAAACGGCCGGCUCUGUGCUGAACUAUUUCGAGUCGUUCUUGGGACGCAUUGAAAUUAUGGGCUCGUCCAAGCGCAUUGAGCGUGUUUACUUCGAGAUCAAGGAAGCAAACAUUGAGCAGUGGGAGAAGCCGCAGAUUAAGGAAUCGAAGCGUGCUUUCUUCUAUUCGAUCGUCACCGAGGGUGGUGAUAAGGAGAAGCUUGAGGCGUUCGUAAACUUCUGUGAGGAUGCCAUCUUUGAAAUGACGCACGCAUCGGGAUUGAUGGCCAGCGACGACGACGGUGGAACGGUGCGCCGCGAUCAAUCCUUCACGUACAUCAGCGAGGAGGAGGAAGAGCGUGCUGCACGCGAUCCCAUCAAGCGCACCAUUCAAGCCGUCAAGGACGGUCUGUCCUACUCGAUGUACAUGAUCAGCCCGUCCAACAUCAAGCACCAGAUUACCGUACUGCAGUCGAAAUCAUUCCCCGAGAUUAUAGUCGGAUUCUUCAAGAUGAUCUUCUACGCGUUCUACUACUCUGGCUUUGGCGUGUCCGUUGUGAUCAAGUACUUGGUCAACAUUCUAAUGUCGCUGAUGCGUGGCCCUGCCCAGGAAGCGGAAGAACCGAUACCGGAGGCAGAACCUUCGCUGCGUGCUUUACCACCACUGCCGCUAGAGGAACCACCGGGUACGGUGCAAGCGUUCGGACUUGACAUUAGCAAGGAAGAGAAUGGACAGUACCGCAUGGCACCGCACGAAUCACCCGCCCUAAGCCCAUCCUCUUCGAUUGAGGAAACGGGUGAAAGCAGCCCAGAAGAUGGAGCUGCCGAACUAACGGGCGAAGGUGUUCCGCCCGGCGAGCAGAUGACGCUGGUCGAUCUGCUUGGUGGAGAAGCGGCGAAACGCGCCGCCCAGGAACGAACCGAAGCUCAGAAGGCCCAGGAAGCAACGUUGGCAAGCAUCGAGGCAGAAUCGAAGAAGGCCUCGACCGAAACGAAGGAACCGGCCGCCGUCCACCAGAUCGAUUUCUCCAAGUACACGAAGAAGUGUGUCAGCUAUCUGGCCCGCAAUUUCUACAACCUCAAGUACGUCGCGCUGGUGCUUGCGUUCUGCAUUAACUUUAUGCUGCUGUUCUACAAGGUAACGACAUUCGGCGAUGAUGAGGAGGGCGAAGGUUCGGGCGAAAGCUUGAUGGGACUCGGAUCCGGUCUCGGAUCGGGACUUGGCAUUUUGGAAACGGGCUCGGGCGGUGGUGAAGGUGGCAGUGGCGACGGGGAGGGUGAAGAGGAAGACCCGCUCGAAAAGGUCGAGGUGGACGAAGAUUUCUUCUACAUGGAGCACGUCCUACGAGUGGCCGCCAUUUUGCACAGCUUGGUGUCGUUGUGUAUGCUGAUCGCUUACUACCAUCUCAAGGUACCGUUGGCCAUCUUUAAGCGUGAGAAGGAAAUUGCUCGUCGGCUGGAGUUUGACGGUUUGUUCAUCGCUGAACAGCCGGAAGACGAUGACAUUAAAUCGCACUGGGACAAGCUGGUCAUAUCGGCCAAAACGUUCCCGGUCAACUAUUGGGACAAAUUCGUAAAGAAGAAGGUCCGCCAGAAGUACAGCGAGACGUACGAUUUUGACUCGAUUUCGAACCUGCUGGGCAUGGAAAAGACGGCAUUUGCGGCACAGGAAGCAAACGAAGGUGGUGGAUUCUUCCACUUUAUUGCGAACAUCGACUGGCGUUAUCAGAUCUGGAAGGCGGGCGUCACGAUCACGGACAAUUCCUUCCUUUACUCGCUCUGGUACUUCUCGUUCUCGGUGAUGGGUAACUUCAAUCAGUUCUUCUUCGCGGCCCAUCUGCUCGAUGUGGCGGUCGGCUUUAAGACGCUGCGUACGAUCCUGCAGUCGGUAACGCACAACGGCAAACAGUUGGUGCUGACGGUCAUGCUGCUGACCAUCAUCGUGUACAUCUACACGGUCAUUGCGUUCAACUUCUUCCGCAAGUUUUACGUGCAGGAGGACGACGACGGUGAGGAAGGUGAUCGCAAAUGUCACGACAUGGCCACCUGCUUCGUGUUCCAUCUGUACAAGGGUGUACGAGCGGGUGGUGGUAUCGGUGACGAGAUCGGCGAUCCGGACGGGGAUGAGUACGAGGUGUACCGCAUCCUGUUCGACAUCACGUUCUUCUUCUUCGUCAUCGUUAUCCUGCUGGCCAUUAUCCAGGGUUUGAUCAUUGACGCUUUCGGCGAGCUUCGUGAUCAGCUGGAAUCGGUCAAGGAGGACAUGGAGUCCAAUUGCUUCAUCUGUGGUAUAGGCAAGGACUACUUCGAUAAGGUACCGCACGGGUUCGAUACCCACGUGGCCCAGGAACAUAAUCUGGCCAACUACAUGUUCUUCCUGAUGCAUUUAAUCAACAAACCGGACACGGAGUACACCGGCCAGGAGACGUACGUGUGGAACAUGUACCAGCAGCGAUGCUGGGACUUCUUCCCGGUCGGUGACUGCUUCAGAAAGCAGUACGAAGACGAGCUUGGUGGUGGUGGCAGCUAAAACACGCUUUGCGAUCCACCACCGACACGAAUCGUUGCGA